AUGAAGGAGGCUCAUUUUUCGAUUAAAGGAUUUAUGAAUAGCCAUAGAUUAAAAGAUACUUUAGCGCUGCUUUUUGUAUUUGUAUCCUUCAACAAUGUGAUGGCGCUUUGUCUUCUGACAUCAUUUAUCGUGGCUUCUAGCUCAGGACACUGUCUUUCCAGUUUUGUAGCCAAAAUGGUUUGGGUUCUUAAUGGAACAUGUGGCAACAAAAGAUAUGUUAUAAGCAAUAGUAUUAAAACGAAGAGUUUACGAUUUACAUGGAUUAGUGGCAGGGUUAUUUCAAGAAGCAAGGGUUCUUAUAGGUUGGUUGCUUUUGAGUUGAUAAAUGGCUGGGUAAUAUGGCUUCUGCGUAACCGCAUGAUCGUUGGGUUUGAGAUUAUUAUGGCAUGCAUGUUGAAGAAGUUUGGAUGUUUUUAUUUCAGAGCUCCUAUCGAAAACUUGGCUCUGUCGAUAAUAGCAUCUAAUCUGUUGAACAGUCAGAAAGAUUUGUUGAGUUACGCUACCAAAUCUUCGAUUGUUUAUUCAUUAUCUUUAAAAAUUUCCCAACGGAUCUCAACGUAUUGUGGUUACUCUCCGAAUAUAAGCGUUGCUCAUUCUCAAGGUUCUGUGCAAGGAAUAGUGUUUAUACAUCCUUUACGGGGGACGGUUUCUGGACGGUUAAUAUCUCUACUUGGCAAUUAUAUUCCUUUAAUCAGAUAUGCCUUAUCAUUCCAUGUUGUAGUAUCUCAAUUUUAUCUCAAUAUGAGAAACUCACCACGUGAGACAUGUCAAUCACCUCUUACUUUUAAAGAAUCGUCAAAUUCCACUGAAACUUCUGCCAGAGAUCUAAAUUCAUUUUGCGUAGUUGAAACAGUAGCAGUGGCAUCAUCAUCAUCUCAACAGGGAAAAUUGAACACUGACACAGAAGUUUCUGGUGCAACGACAAUAGAGGCUGUUACGUAUAAUCCAGAGCCAAAAGUCAUGGAUUCAUCUAUUCAUACAUCAGAACUGGCUCCAGCUGCUAUCACUUCUAGUGUUAAUCCGCAAAAUUACAGUAACAAACUAAUGCAAACACCUGUUGGUCAACAACAGGUUUCCAAGCCUGCCUCAGCGAGACCGGCAUUUACCAAUAUAAUAAGAGAAUUUAAGGUUUCUGAAUUCAUGGUUACUCUACCACUGCAUCCGCAGGGUAAGAAAAAUGUAAAUCCAAGUGCUCUCAUUGCCACCACUGCCUCUCCAACGGAAGAGCCGUUAGACACACGACGUUUCAGAAAUCAAUGUUACGAACUCUCUCUGAAUGAUGACAACGCACUCGAACCAGACGAUUAUCCGUGUCAUUAUAACGUAGCGACCUCAAUUGCGAAAGCAAACAUGGAAAACCUUAUCCGUCGACUAUUUUGGUACCAAAAGCGUUACAUCAUUCCAAUUCUAUGGUCUAUGUUCACGAUUAUCAGGAUUUUUCUCACCGAGACGACAUGGCUAAACGGCGACGAGAACAACAUCAAGGAAACUAUAGCCAAACAUUAUACCCCUGCAGAGGGUUAUUAUUGUCAAGGAACCAAGGAACUUGAUGUCAAUCCAGAUCAUGAUGCAACAGCAAUUCCUUCUAGUGAACCUGAUGGUAGCAAAUUAGAUGCCAAUAUAAGCAACUGUAAGAGCGAACAUGGUGAACAUCAUACAAGGCCUGUUGUCUUUUCAGAUCAUGAAUACCAUAAAUUGCACGUAGUGCAGAACAGUCUGCAAUACAAGCGCUCUGUCUGCCUUGCCGACAUAGGCUCAAAUGUGGCAGUAUUUUGGCUCGAAGAACAACUCGGCGGAUCCCUGAUUGUGCUUGUAAAUGGUAUCAUUUGGUUGCAGGUAUCAUCAAAAAUCGUGCAUCCCUCAACUGGGGUUCAAAGGGAACAAAUCGUUAUAAGCGGUCUGGUUCCGUCCUAUUCCUAUAACAUAGAACUUUUCGAAAGAGUUAACAAUUUUGAAGAUUACUUUAUUACCGAAUUAUUAAUUAGGACCGCCAGUAAAGACACAGGUAAGUUGGAUUAUUCCGAAUCCAACUUUAUUUCCUACUACCACAAACAGUUAAUCUCGCCUGCAUUCUCAUUAAAACAAGCAGUAAUAACUGCGAAUGUAGACCUUUCUGAGGAAAGGCUAAAACUUAAAAAGACAAAGCGGGAUAUCAGCAGAAAAACCAGUAGUAUGAAACAAGAGCUUGAACAACUAAAGGCCAAGCUUGCUUACAACGCAUCUCAAGAUGAAAAAUCAGCAUAUAAAAUUGACAAUUUGAAAACCGCUCUACUACAGAGCUCAGAGCAUAAUCUUACAUUGGAGGAAAACCUGAAAUUUCUGAAAACAAAACAACAGAGUUUAGAAGCAGAAUAUUUAGAAUCCAAAGAUACCCUUUGGAAGCAGCAGUUGGACUUUCAAAAAACAGAAAACUCACUUAAAAAAAAUUUGCAGCUGUCGAAUACUAAACUGGCUAAACUACAACAUGACAUCCAACAAUACAACACUAAGCGUGAUAAAUUACUCACUAAACAUCUCAAACUCAGAACUGAACUAUCACAAUACGAAAAGGAAUUCCUGAGAUUCAAAGAAUAUUUCCUCCAAAAUAGAAACAAAGAAAGAAACGAACGACAGCAGAUCAGAUUACAAAAAUCCAACGAACUGGAACUAAAAAUAAAAGGCCUUGAACAAGACAUUAGUCGUUUGGAACGCGAGAAUAUCCUUAUCACUGAUUUGGUCCACCCAAACUAG